AAGGUGGGGAUGGUCCGCAUUGAGGACGAGUCUGCUGCAGCCAUCGGCUUCCAGGUGCUGUUCCCCUACCUGCUGGCCGGGCUGGGCCUGGUGAUGGCAGGUACGGUCCUGGACAGAGUACAGCACUGGGAGGUUUUCAGGACCAUUACCGAGGUGUUUAUACUUGUGCCAGCCCUGGUGGGACUGAAAGGGAACCUGGAGAUGACUCUAGCCUCUCGGCUCUCCACAGCAGCAAACACUGGGCAGUUGGACGACCCAAACCAGCAGUGGGGAAUGGUUCUUAGUAACCUAGCUCUCAUCCAGGUGCAGGCCACCGUGGUGGGCUUCCUGGCCGCUCUGUCUGCGGUGGGGCUGGGGGCACUGACCAGAGGAGGGGUGCAGCUGGACCAGGCUGCUGUGCUGUGUGCCAGCAGUGUCACCACCGCCUUCAUAGCAGCCCUGUCCCUGGGCCUGGUGAUGGUUGGGGUGAUCAUUGGCUCCAGAAGGGUGGGUAUCAACCCAGACAAUGUGGCUACGCCCAUUGCUGCCAGCCUGGGUGACCUCAUCACCCUGUCUCUGCUGGCAGGGUUCAGCAGUGUGCUGUUCAAGCACAGGGAGCUGUGGUACCUAUCCCCCCUGGUCUGCGGUCUCUUCCUCAUGCUGAUCCCGCUCUGGGUGCUCAUCGCCCGGCGGAGCCCACAGAUCCGGCUGGUUCUGAGGUCCGGUUGGCAGCCUGUCAUAGUGGCCAUGUCUAUCAGCAGUUUUGGGGGCCUAAUCCUGGACAAGACCGUAAGCGACCCCAGCUUUGUGGGAAUGGCCCUCUUCACCCCUGUCAUCAACGGCGUGGGAGGAAACCUGGUGGCUAUUCAGGCUAGCCGCAUAUCAACCUAUCUGCAUUGUUGGAGUGUUCCCGGGGUUCUACCCUACAAGAUGAGGCAGUUCUGGCCCAAUCCCUGUGUCACCUACUUCUCCUCAGGUGUGAACUCCAGGUCGGCACGGGUCCUGUUCCUCCUGGUGGUGCCGGGUCACCUGGUCUUCCUCUACACCAUCCACCUGCUGCAGGGCGGGCACACCGCCGUCACAGUCAGCUUCACCUGCUGCUACCUGUGCGCUGCUCUGCUCCAGGUGGGGAUCCUGCUGUACGUGGCUGACGUAAUUGUCCGUGUGAUGUGGAGGCGGGGCCUGGAUCCUGAUAACUUCUCCAUCCCGUACCUGACGGCGCUUGGGGACCUGCUGGGCACCGGCUUCCUGGCUCUGUGCUUCCGGGCCGUGAUGCUGACAGAGGGACCGGGGCUAUGAGGCUGGGGAGAGGCUGCCUGGCCUCUCUGCUCCGACGCUGGCCUCUACCUGCCUUCUGACCCUCCCACACACACACACACACACACACACAUACACACUCUGCUCUCCUCGUGAGCGUUUCUCUACACUGCCUGUGCCUACAGGCGGGGCUCUAUAUCGCUCCCAUUUUAGGAACGUUUCUGCUAACUCCAACAAUAAUCGAGGAGCACAUCUACUAAUUGGAAUGAAUUGGUGUGCUCCUAAAUUCUGUAACUGAGGAGCACAUGUGCUGCUUGGAAAAAAACGUUAGCCUCGAGCCCUGCCUGCAACUUCAGCUUCUCAGAUGAAAAUGUGCCGUAGCCUUUUCUGAUGAGGGGAAGAAUGCAUCUGGUCAUGGCUGCCAGGGGAAGUGGGGCAUACAUUGAGAUUAAUGGAAGUAGAAAAUUAAAUGCAGGACUGAGUAGUAUGCAAACAUGUGUUCAGAACUGGCCUGCAAAGUUGCUGUAUAGCUUUGCACGCACUUGGCGUAGGGCACAGUAUAUUCAUUGGGAUGAAAACAUACUAGUCUCUCUUCAUCAUGCAGAAUCUAUCUGGACCAGAUGCACAGAUGUAUGUAUCAGAAAUUGACUGAAAUUUUGUUAAUUUAAUUUGUGUGUGUGUGAGUCAAAGCAACUGAAACUAUAGCAGUGUCGACAUUGAAAACAAAAAUGUCCUGCCGUGUCUUAGACUGUAAUUGUUUGAGGUUUAGCUUACCAUCACUAUUUGCGUAGAUUAAAGAUACAGAAACAACGUUUUUCUGAAGGCAAAGCUAAACAAAA